AGGUCGCUAAACGUUUUUUCCAUUUUUCGAUCAAUUUCGACUAAAUAUUGACCAACUCUGAACCAAUCUGUGUUUACUGGAAUGUUAAUAAAAUAUUUAGCGUGCUUUCUGGUAUCAACCUGUAGUUGCUAUUUUUCUUUGCCAUUGCCUCGUGUACUCGAAAUACAAAAAGUUACAGAAAACCCACUUGAAGAUAUUGGAGGAAAGGACACUUUAGUGUUGAACUGUAUUGUUAAAGGAGACAAUAUUAGCAUAUCAUGGAAAUUUAAUAAUAGUGAUAUAAUAGAGAAUGCAUUGACUAAGUUUAGUAAGGGAAAUUCUCAGUUGAAAAUUGAAGAAAUGAAAUUAAUCAAUUCUGGAAGGUACAAAUGUGUUGCAACUAAUCAAUAUGGCUCCUCAUUUGGGCAAAUAGAUGUUCGAGUUCAUAGCAUGGGAAGUUUCGAGAAAGGAUUUUCAGUUGAAGAUACUGUCCUUGAUAUUGGUGGUCAAAUUGGAAAGCCUCUCAAAAUCAAAUGUCCCCCACACAAAUCUGGUAUAGGACAAGUUUAUUGGUGGGGUGAUCUCCCCGAAAGUUCUCCUCCCAUCCUAUGGUCAAAUGGAAAACCAAGUUUUUUGGGUUUCAUUUCAGAUCAUGAAUAUGUUUUUGCAUACUUAACAGAAGAAGUUGUACAAGAUAUCAACAUUAUUGGAGGAAUUAGUUGUAUAUUGUACCAAUCACAGCACUCUAUACAAAGUGUUAAACAAAAGAUAAAUGUGAUUGAAAAAGAUGACAACCAAAACUUUUCAGCAAACCUUGAGUCUUUUAUGGCAAAACAAAAUUAUGCCGUUAAUAAUUCAAAAACUUACACACUUAAUUGUGGAGCCACUGGAAGACCUCUACCUGAAAUUACAUGGUUUAAGAAUGGUAAAAUUAUUAAUGAAACAAAACCUUAUGAGAUAAGAGAUGGUGGAAUGAGCUUGAAUAUACGACCAGUAACAUUUGAAUCUGCAGGAACUUACAAAUGUGUUGCCAAAAAUUACCUAGGCAGUUCUGAAAAAGAGGGCCAACUUAUUGUGCAGAGUCAUCCAAUAUUUUCAAAAGAGUUAGAAUCGUUAAAUACUGUUACUUAUGGAGAAACUUUAAAACUGAGCUGUGUGGCUGAUAGCUUCCCACUUCCUUACUAUGAAUGGUAUCUUAAUAACACCCUCAUCAAAUCAAAUGAUGAAUUUGUAAUAAAUGGCGGUAACUUGGAAGUUAGUUUUGCAAAGUUCAAUUACACAGGGCUUUACUUAUGUGUUGCUACAAAUGACAUGCAUAAUGGAGUUCAUACAAAUGUAUCUGCUGGUUUUGUUCUGGUCAAAGCUGUUGCACCAAAGAUUCAAGAAAAAUUUCCACUAACAGUAUAUGUCUUUCAGAAUCACACAAAUAAUAUAUUCUGUAAUAUUUCUGGUCAUCCAGACCCAGAGUUUAUUUGGAAACAUAAAUCAGUUGUUAUCACCACUGGAGGCAGAUUUAUAGUACACAAAAAUGGAAGCUUAAUCAUUAAGAGCGUUGAAAAACAAGAUGGUGGAGAAUAUACUUGUACUGCUAGAAAUGUGGAAGGAAACGUAUCACAGCAAACAUUUGUUAAAGUAAUAGAAAAAGUAAAGAUAUUCAAACCUCCAAUGAGUCGAGUUUUUAUGGAACACACUCCAAUGGCACAAUUGUUAUGUGAUGCCACUUAUGAAUCGUCACUUUCUUUUAAAAUUGAAUGGUAUCGUAACAAUGAAAAGUUUCAACAAAAAGAUGAACGUGUAUACUUAGAAAAGAGAGCGAAUCAACUAAGUAGAGUUUUAUAUUUCAAAAACAUUUCAAGGGAAGAUGCUGCAACAUAUGUUUGUAAAGUCUAUAAUAUGGAUGGAGAUAAAGUAAUUUCUACAGAUGAAGCAAGUGCAUCUGUUGAAGUUAUUGUUACUGAUUUUGUACCUACUGAUUUACAGUUAAAUGGUAAUUGUACAUUCAAUAAAACUGUAAUUCUUUCUUGGAACUCCCGCAUAGCUUUUGGUACAACUGAAUUCAUCAUAGAGUAUUCAUCAGCAGGUACUGAUAUGUGGAGAAAAUAUAAAACAGUUAAAAAUACUUAUGUGCAUUUGGAAGUUAACACGUUGCCUCCAUCAGCACGGUUGUUGUUUCGUGUAACCAAGCAAGAUAAUGAUAAAGUUUUUAAUGAAACAUUUGUUAGUAAUCCUAGUGAUGCUACCAAAGAAUUGUGUGUCACACCACCUGGUGCGCCGAUAAAAAACCCUCAGAACAUAAGAGCCUUAGCUAUGUCUGAAGGAGAGCUGAAAGUCAAGUGGGAUAAACUGGACCUUUUGGAUCAACCAGGACCAGGUUUUGUGCUGGUUGUAAACUUUAGUAAGUUAGAUGAAGGCAGUGUAACUGUUAUAAAAGUUGAUGGGAAUGAUGAAAUGUUUGAAGUACCUCAACCAGGCAUCAAUAAUGAGUUUAAUGUGAAAGUAUUUGCUACCAAUGAUUAUGGUUCAAAUUUGGAAAACAAGGAGUUUCAUUUUAAGUCUGGAGGAAAAGCUCCUGAAGGUAUUGUCAGUAAUCUUCGACAACUUUCUGUUUCACACUGUUGUGUUGAUUUGGCAUGGGAUGUUAUACCAUCUGUUACAGGAUACAGAAUUUUUUAUAAAGUUAAUGUUCAAUCAAGAUAUCGUCGCAAUCUAGCAGUUAGUAGUUGGACUGAUGUGACCACAAAUAAUAUAACAUUACUUAGUUUAAUGGCUGCAACAGAAUACGAAAUUACUGUUAGUGCUUUAAAUGAACAAGUUGCUGGAACUCCUUGUCAACCAAUAGUUGUCAAAACUUCACAAAAGAUUUUGGAAUAUAUUGAUAUGCCAAGAAAUGGUAGAGUUAGUAUUUUUGGAAGUGUUGUUUAUUUAACUUGGGAUCCUCCUAUUGUUAUUGAUCCCAUUGAAGUACUUACAGCUUAUCAAGUUACAUAUUAUAAGUAUGACAAUCCUUCUGAAAAGAUAAAUAAAAAAUUGAAUGGCGAUUCAACAGAAGUUUACAUUUACGAUUUGGAAAGGUUAAAUUACUAUACUUUUGAGGUUACUGCAGUUACCGAAACAAGACAAGGAAAGCCCUGGGUAGUUAAAGGUGUUUCUGUUACAUACCCUGAUGUUCCGGGUCAACCAGCUAUGCCUGAUGUUGUUGUUGUAAAUAAAACAUUUCUAAAUAUCACAUUUAAAUUACCAAAUAACUAUGAAGGAGACCUUCCAAAUCAUUAUCAUAUCUACUAUAUACAAGAUGGUAGUCCAAAAAAUCCUCUUCACAAGACAUCAAGUUAUCCUGACAUGCCUUGGGUUUUGCUAGAUUCACUGGAAACUGUAGUAUAUAGAAUUUAUGCAGUAGGAGAAAAUGCUAUGGGCAAAGGUAACAAAAGUAACGAUACAUAUGGACAUCCAAGUGAUCCAGAUGCAUUACCUAUGAAAUAUUUUCACCCUGUUCCAUUUUAUAAAGAGUUAUGGUUUAUAGUGCUUGUCAUUGUGCUGAUAAUCCUCAUUCUUGUUUGUAUUAUCUUGUGUUGUGUACUUUGUAAUGGUGGAGGCAAAUAUCCAGUUAAUAAAAAGGAAAAGCUUAGAGGGGGAUGGGACAACGAGCCGCUUAAAGAUUACGCUGAAGAUCAGAUGAAAGAAUUCAAUGAUAUGCCGCUUGGAAACACUGAAAUCAAACCACCAGCCCGACGUACUAGUGAGAAUUCUAUAUCUAAAAAAGCCUUAUAUAGUGACGAUGAUAAAGAUAGCUUAGACGAUUAUGCUGAAGACUCGAGAUUUGAAGAAGAUGGUUCGUUUAUUGGACAGUAUGGUGACGAUAAAAAAAAUGGAAACGCAGUUAAGGUUUGAAUAUCAUUAAUAAUGAUUAAUGUUAAAAGCAAACAUGAGAUGAUUUGCAUUUAAAUCAUCGAGUUUUCUGCUUUAGUGAGAUAACCUUUUUAAAAGAAUUUUUAUUUAAAACUAAAUUUCGUCAUGAGCGUGAUUGCAUGGAAAAUGAAACAAUUUUCAUUAUUUUAACCAAAACGGAAAUAGUUCAUUUCGAUAUUAAUUGCUUUUAUAUUGCUAUAUUAACAAAGAAUCGUUAUUUCCAGUAUUUAUUGUACAUAUAUUAUGCUUAUUUUA